AUGAUCUUUAGUCUGGCUUUAUUGGCCCUAGCUGGAGCUGGAGCCGAUGCUAAACAAGCAGCACCCCGAGGCCGCGGAUGUCUCGUUUCCGAUGAGGGUCUCGUACAAGACGCAACCCGCCGUUCCAAUCUUCAUAAGUCUAUCCGCCGCCAGGACCUUCCCAGCAACAUCACUGUAGAUGUGAACUUCCACAUCGCCAGCACCGAGGAAGACGAGAAUCUCAUCACCGACAAGAUCGUCGACGCGCAGUGGAAGGUCCUACACGAGUCAUUCGCCAAGUACAGCGUCAACCUCGUGCUGAACUCGACCGAGCGCGUCGUAGACAACCUCACGGGCCACUCGUUCCUCAUUUACGAAGGCGCGGAUAAGGGUUGGGUGUACCACGAAGAAGAAGAAAAGGAAUACUUUAAAAGUACACGCAAGGGCGGCUACGAUGCCUUGAACCUGUACUUCUUCAGCAAGUAUUCGCCAGGUGCUACGGGAUACUGCAACUGGCCCACAACCAUCGGGGAAGGCGACAACGACACCUUUGGCUUGGACUCAUGCCAGCUCAGCGCCAUGACGAUGCCGGGAAUCACAGCUGAGCAAGGAGCAUUCGAGGAGUGGAACCUGGGCCAUCUUGCUGUCCACGAGGCUGGGCACUGGUUUGGUCUGAACCACACUUUUGCUGGGGGUUGCUCGGCGACAGGUGACUUUGUCGCCGACACGCCUGCGCAGAGAACUGAGAUUUACGGAUGUCCCAUUGGGUCGGAUAGCUGUCCGGAUAGCCCAGGCGUGGAUCCCAUUCAUAACUUCAUGGGCUACACGGAUGAUAACUGCACUAACCAGUUUACUCCUGGUCAACAGGAUCGUUUGUUUGAGACAUUCUUUAGCUAUAGACGAAAGUUGUAG